AUGUUAACAAGAUGUUCGACAGAAUUUGAAACGUCGAUUCGAUUAAUAAUACUCAAGUCAAAGGAUAUCAUCGAUGCGUGUUACCGACCGUUCAAACGAAAACGAAACCUGCCAAAUUUACAUCGACAGCUUGGAAAUGAUUCACGCCGUUUCGAUGAACAACCGAUCUCCUCGAGCCUCUUCAGCCACGAAGUACGGUUUAAAGUAGGGAAGCACGUUGGAUCAGGCAUGUUCAAACGGAACCAACCGGCAGAAUUUUCCUCGCGUGUCGCUCAACAGAUCAGGCGUCGAGACGCCUGCGAUGGCUGCCCGCCACGAUAUUCCAAUCUUUAAUGUUCCUUUUCCAUACGAAUUUAGUUGGCCGAUUACU